UCGGGCAUGGCUACGGACAGCGUUAGCGAGGAAUUUACAACUCUGGUGGACAAUGACUGUUUGGAAAGCACAAUAGAUUGCGCAUACUUUUCCCCAAAUCACACCAUUCAAUGCGAACCAGAUCACAUAGCAUCACAGGCUUGCGAUCUGAUCGAAUCAUGCAUCAAACAAGCAACGGAGAAAAUUGAGAGUCACCUAUCAUCUCUCACUCUUACUUUUAACAAGCAUAUUUCGGUCACUCAACAAAUUCCGCCAGAAUUCGUAAACGCGAGUCACAAAAAUCUCAACAACUGCAUGAAAAAGUCUACAACCGCGUCGUUGAAGGAGGAAGAUGCUCGUGUGGAGCAUCCGUUACAUUUCACAGUCAAUCAUGUGCCAGACAUAGGCAACUUGUUUUUGUUCGGUUUCCAGCAAAUGAUGUUAGUCCACCUCAUAGCAGCUUCAUUCUUCUCAUCUGGAAUUGCAACUCUUAUACAAACAACUUUGGGAUUGAGGCUAUGCAUACUGCAUGGUCCAUCUUCCACAUUUCUUCCCUCACUUCUUGCUUUCGCAAACAUGCCAGAAAAUCAGUGCACCACGGGCUUAUCUACCUUUGUUCCGGAGGGUGAAUGGACAAAAAAGAUCUUGCUAAUUCAGGGCAGUUUGCUUGUCUCUGUCCUCACUUUUGUGUUCAUGGGAGCAACCGGCUUAGUAGGACAGAUAGCCAAAAUGGUUGGACCUAUAACAAUUAUGCCACUCCUUCUGUGGCUAUGCCUAGGCCUUAUACCGACCUUGCACGAGAAAAUGGACCUUCACUGGAUUUCAAUCGAGACUUUUUGUAUUCUCGUUGCUAUGGGUAUAUUUCUUGAAAAUGUAUGUCUUCCAAUUCCCUACUUUUCGUUUUCUAAACGAUCGUGGCAGGUGGCUAAAACUCGCUUAUUUGGACAAUUCCCCUACUUGAUAGCGAUUAUAACGUCAUGGUUUAUUUGCUUCUUGCUGACUAUCACUCGAGCUGAACCUGAGGAUGGGGAGGCAAGGACGGACAAGAACCACACCUUGGCAGUCAUCGCGGAGUCGCCUUGGUUCCGAGUACCCUAUCCAGGACAGUUCGGUCUGCCGCAGGUGUCACUUGGCAUCACAUUUGGUUUCAUUUCCUCAUGCAUUGCAUGUAUGGUGGAAAAUAUCGGCGAUUAUCAAGCAUGUGCUAGGGUCUCUCAUCAAAGAACUCCUCCUACAGCCUCAGUAAAUCGGGCGAUUAUGUGUGAAGGGAUCGGUAGCUUGAUUGCUGGAUCACUGGGACUUGGAACUGGAGUUACUACGUAUGCAGAGAACAUUGCAUUGAUGCACAUCACUAGAGUAGUGAGCCGCUCUACUAUGCAAGUGGCGGGUAUGCUCCUCCUGCUGACAGGUCUUUUCCCUAAAUGUGCUGCCGCGCUAGCCUCUAUACCAGAUGCGGUUGUCGGUGGAGUCUUCGCAAUGGGAGUAGCCAUGAUAACCGGCGUGGCAAUCAGUAAUUUACAGAACGUUGACCUGCGGCUAACGCGCAAUCUCUCGAUUAUGGGCACCGCCAUUCUGAUGGGAGGAAUAAUACCAUUCCACUUUGAGCAUAACAGGGUUAACACAGGUUUGAAAACUGUGGAUGAUUGUUUUAAUAUGCUUUUGACCAUUCCAAUGCUUAUUGCGGGAGUAAUCGCUUUCGUACUAGACAAUACUGUGGGAGGUGCAACAAGAGAGCAGAGAGGUUUUGCCUCUCAAGAACUUGAAGAUAAAACCUCAGUAGAAGAUGAUGGAUAUGCAUUACCAGAAACAGUACGAAAAAUUUUGCGCCGACAUCCUUGCUUGUGCAAACUUCCAUUCCUUCCAUCUAGAAGGAGCAUUCUCGCCUCAAGCAGCAGUUGCAACACAACAUCAUCCUAUGUGUAAGCAGCGAGAGGCCUUUGUGGCAGGAGGACAAAUGUAAUGCAUUACGAACCUAAUUUUAUUGCAUUCGCUUGUGUCACAAAUCUCAUAUUAUUGUACCAAAAAAUAAUAAAAAGAUGUUUUCAACUUGUCCACUGUCUCACAUUUUCCAC